AUGCCUGAGAGGCUCUACAAGCUGCAAAUCAGUUCCUGCCGAAAUCUUUCGGUCAGGUACACCUGCCGAUUUUUCAUCGGAAUCGACAACGACGAUAAGUUCAAAGUUGCCAAGCGCAUCAUCGGUGCAAACGGCAGCAACAUGAAGGAGAUCGUCAAAAAGUCGGGCGAUGUCGCCAAGCUGCGGCUGCGUGGCAAAGGUUCAGGCUUCGCCGAGCGCGACACGAACGAAGAGUCGCCAGAGCCGCUACAGCUCUGCAUCUCUUGUCCCACCCAGCACGGCUACGAAAUCGCUCGGACGUGCGUUGAAGACCUUCUGCUCAACGUUUACGACGAGUACGAAGACUAUUGCGAAGAGCAUGGUCUGGAGUGCGAACCGCCCAUCAUCCGAAUGACGGAGAGGCAUUUGGCCGGAGAUGGCGGCAGUGGGGGUGGAGGGGGCAGCGCCAGCAAUAGGCCUGCGAACAACAGGGGAAAGAGAAAGCCGAAAGCCAAAGCUAGUGCGGCACCCAGGGUGGAAGACAGCGACAGAGGAGAUCCGCCAGACGGCGCCCCUUCCGUCGAGGAGAUUGAGCAGCUGAUAUCCGACAGAAAUGCCUGUCGCAAGCGCGGAGAGUAUAGCAAGGCAGAUGAGAUUCGGGAUGAGCUGAAAGGUCGUGGCGUCGUCCUGAGCGACGAGAAAGGAGCCCACGGCGAUGGGUUGACCGUAACUUCCUGGAGGAAGAAGCUCAAGCAGAUCGACGAGUUGGCUUCCAAAGAGCGCGCUGGACAGAGCCUCAAUGCAGAGCAGAAAGGAAAGCUGCUGAAGAGGGUGGAAGUGGAGGCAGAGAUCGAGGAGCUGCGGAAGGUCACUUCGUACCUGCCCCAAGAGCAAGAAGCCGAAGAUCCGGAUCCGAUUCGCCACGUGGACCACGUGGGCGUUGGCGCCGCAUCGGGUCAGGGUGACUCAGACAAGCCACUGGCAAAGAACAAGAAGGUCUUGAACUUGCAGAAGAAGCUCCGCGAGAUUGCCAGCCUGGAAGACAAGAAAAAGUCUGGCGAGCUGCCUGGCAGUACAGAUCGGGGAAGCUUCACAUUGGGACCGGGUGCUUUGCUGGGUAGUGCUCGAGCUAAGUCCCUGGACAAGCUGCAAGAGUCAAAGAUCCAGAAGCGCAAGGAGAUCGAGGCACAGAUCCAAGCGGUGGAAGAGCCAGGCCAAGACCAAGGCUUGGAAGGCGAGCUGCCGGCCUCCAGCACCGAGCGCCUUGGGGAUGGAGAUGGCGAGCUGCCGCCAGGGCCAGGCGAUGCUGAUGGUUUCGAAGGCACAUGUGCCGGCGCGCGGCCUGCCACUGAAGGCCGAAUUGGUUGGUGGAAGCUCUUUGAUGGCAUGGCAUAUGUUUUUGUGCCCGUGGCCAAUUUGAGUAUCGGCGAGGAGUACUGCGGGGCCUUCGCCGUGCAAAAACCGGUGACUACGCCGAAGACCAAAGACAAGGCCAAGUUCGAUCUUAUCCACGACUUCGAGUUCUUCCUGUGGUCAACUUGGCGGGACAACUUCGACGCCAUCAAAUGGAAGAUCUCGGAUGCGGUGAACGUUGAACGCGGUUCCUUCCACUUGGAGACGGAAGACGGGGAAAAGCUUCCCUUUGACGCAGAUUGCAUUGAGAUGCACGAGGCGCUCAGCAAAAGGGCUCGAAGUCCGAUGUUAGAAGAGUGUCUUGGACCAAACCCGUGGCGGCUGGGCGGGCUAGGAGAUCCCGAGGCUGCAACAUGGAAGGUUUGCCCGAGUGAGAGUCCUUGA